CGGGACCGCGCGGCGACCUGGGGCAAACCGCGGCUGCCCUUGCGGCGCCCCUUCUACGUGCCGCCCGACCUGGGAAGAGAGCCGCUGAAGGGCCCCUGGGACAGGGACAGAAGCGUCUCCUGCGUGCCUGUCGACAGCCCGCGAGCCCUCAAGCUCCCCCACGGGCCACAACCUGCUGCUGCGAAAGAGUCCCCCGCAACGGCAGAAGCCAAUAGCUCAGAGGGGCUGGCAGGCUGGAGGCAGAAGGGACACGAUUCUACGAAUGUGUCCCCCAAAUUCCCCGGCGGCCCUCCCUCGCGGAUGAUACAGGGCGCAGGGGUGAGCACCGAGGGCGGGGACAGAGGUGGCAGUAACGCCAAGUUCCACGGGGCUUUGCCACGGGGUCAAGGGUUCUUUCCACUCGGGGGCCCAGAAUUAAGAGGCGCCCCACCUGUCCCCGCUAUUAGAUCAGGGGUGAUGAUGGAGCUGUCCCCCGGGAACAUGAGGCUGCCUGGCAACGACGGGCUGGCUCAGGUGUCUUUCCCGCCCGGAGGCCCGUGGCACCCCGUGGAUAACUGGCCCAGGCCCAUCACCGUGCCCCCCGGUGUCGCUCGUUUAGGGUGGCUCGCCAGCGGGCCCCCGUGCUUCAUGCCCCCCGGGCCCCCGAGGACCCACCCAUUCCUCAACAUACCCAUGCCUUUCGCUCCCCCCGCCAUGUACCGGCCCCCGCUGCCUUCCUAUUUCCCCAAUUUCCCUUCUAGCGACAUGCCACCUCCUGCAUCCUCAAACAGAGAGAAGAGAUUAUGA